CGAGGGCGCGGGCGGAGAUCGGCUGCACGAUUACGAGGGUCGAUCGCGCCAGUCCAGCUGCCAUCAGUCUGUGUCCCGCCGCGUCCACGAUGCGUCUGCUGUCGCUAUUGGUGGCCGCCUGUGCCCUGGUGUCCGGCUCGGCGGCUGCUCGCACCCGGCGCCAGAGCGGACCGUCCGCCUGCCAGGACUUCGCCAAAAGGAACGGCACCUGCGGCAUCAUCCAGGACUGUCCGCCUCUGUACCGGCUCGUCGCGAAUGGGCGCCGACCGACGGGCGAGGAGAUAUCCAACCUGCGCAGGAGUCAAUGCGGGGAGCGGGGCAGGCGUCUACUGGUCUGCUGCGCCACCGAGUCCGGUGACGGACCAUUCACCGGUCCCCCGGAGCAACAUCCAAACAGAGCGGUGCUGGAGAGCGGCAAAGCCUGUGGCCUAAACUUCGCUGGGCGCAUCAUCGGCGGCACGGAGGUGCCUCUCGGCAAGUUUCCGUGGGUGGCGCUGCUUGGGUACACUGAGGCUCCGUCGGAAGAGGUGCGGUACGAGUGCGGAGGCACCCUCAUCGGCAGACAGUAUGUGUUAACUGCGGCCCACUGCGUGUCCGGCCUGCCAUUCGGGUUUCAGUUGAAGACGGUGCGUCUUGGUGAGCAUGACCUUUCCCAGCCCAUUGAUUGCCAAAACUCGGCAACCGGAGAAAGGGUAUGCAACGUCCCGCCGCAAGACUUCACAGUCGUCAAGGCCAUUGUUCACGAGGACUACGACGUACCGGCCCGUUUUAUGAACGACAUCGCGCUGUUGAAGCUAGACCGCCCCGUCAUCGAGGGCAACUUUGUCUCCAAGGUCUGCCUGCCGUUCGGCGACGUCGGACGACAAAACUUCACCGGAGUUAACCUGACUGUGGCCGGCUUCGGCCGCACGGGGCCCACUGUGGUUUCUUCGAAGAGUGACGUGCUGCUGGAGGUGCGAGUCCCCGGGGUAGACCAGGAGGCGUGCGGCGACACCGUCCGCCAGCUGAACGGCACGCUGGGACCGCAACAGAUCUGCGUCGGCGGCGAGACGGGCCGCGACUCGUGUCGGGGUGACUCGGGCGGCCCCCUGGUCUGGUCGGCCGUCAGCGGGCCGCCCUACAGUCUGAUCGGCGUCGUCUCGUUUGGAUUCAUCCACUGCGGCUUUCCGGGAGUGCCCAGUGUCAACACCCGGGUCUCCGAGUACCUCAACUGGAUCCUGGACCGGGUGGACGGCUGAUCGGACGGGCUCCCGCGACGAGUGCGGUCCGGUACCUGAGCUUGGGGAGCCGGAUUAAAGGAGGGCUGCAUAGAUAACAUGCAGCUGACGGGUGUUGUGAUUGUUGUUCUAAUACCAGACGCGGAGUCGGUGCGCUAGCUUCACAUUGACUGAAUCCAUCUAGAAGCGUGACCUUUUUGGUGUCUGUGAUGCAGGGAUUAUGUGAUAUGUGCGCGUCUAUGUGGACACCGCCUCGUUCUUCUUUGUGUGAGCAUAGGUGCUGACCAACGACGUUGCCAGGUUGCAUUAUGGUGUGCACUGAUGUGGGUCCAAGUGGCGCAGUUGACGGGGUGUGCAUUCGUAUGUGAUGUUACUAGUUGCUUCUAUUUACCAACAGGGAUGGUCGCUUUUAC